AUGAAGGUCUGUCUCACUCUGACCUGCCUCUUCCUCCUCACAGCUCUGCAGGAUGGAGAAACUCUGAUAAUCUACAGAGAAAAGGAAGGAGGAAGCAUCACAGUUAGAUGUGAAUUUCGUUACUCUGGAGAGAAAAGGUUCCUUUGCAAGGAAACUUGUGAAGGAAAAAAUAUUCUCAUUGUAACAACUAAAGAUACAGAUCAGACAGGCAGAUUCAGCAUCAGAUAUGAAAAAAGAAAUAUUUUUUCAUUUGAUUUUCUACAUGUGAGCAUCACAGAUCUGAAACCAUCAGACUCAGGACGGUACCGGUGUCGCUCCGAUGAAACCAUUGAUGGAACUCUAUACGAUGAUUUUUAUCUUGUUGUGACUGAAGAUUCUUCAGAACCAAAAUGGACUCAAAGACCUUUUCUAGGAUCAACUUUUCUCCCUACAGUUUCAACAACAACAAAGAGAACAACUAGAACAUCUCGGAGUUUCUCUCUUUCUCCAUCUGAAACCAUCAAACUCCCUGAGAAACCAGCUGCAGCUCCAGGUCCGCUGCUUUAUGUGGGUCUGGUUCUGGUCGUCCUGUUCGUCUUUUUAGCUGCAGCUCUGCUGAUUUUCUUCAAGAGGAAAAACUUCAGUCAACAGAAAGGUCCUCCAGAAGAAACAGAGUACGCCAACUUCUCCAAGGCUAAAGAUGGUGCAGUAGAGUACUCUGAGGUUCAUUUCCUGAAAGCUGCCCCUACUUCAGCCGACAGCGCCCCCUGUGGUCAUGCAGAAAACGUCACCUACUCAGAGAUUCAGAUGAACUUUGCAAACCGCAGCGAUGAUUCUGCUCUUUACUCCAACAUUAGUUUACAGCAGUAGCUCUGCUGUAAACUAAAAGGUUUACUGGUUUUAAUUUUUUUUAAAUAGUAAUUGAUAUUUAUAUAUAAAUACAGAAAUAGUAGAGAAACUGAAAUUCGCUUCUAGUAAUUUUCUGUUUUCAAAUCGCAAGAACAUAAAUACAUAAAAGUAACAAAGGAGAUGGAAAUGAACUAAAGUUCUCUUAAUAUUUAUAUUUUCUCAUUAUUUCUGGUUGUAUUUAAUAAUUUAAGUUUAAGCAGUUCUCAUCUUUGUGCUGACUUUAAUUUUUGUUACUCCAGAACAAAAUGUGUUUCUGAAUGUUAAUGUUGUCAAACUAAAUGCUAACAUUUUGAUAUAAAGGGACAUACUUGUGUAAAAAUUGUCAAAAAUGUUUAUAUCUUUUUAAUUUAAAGGUUACUGAUCUCUUUUAUUAGAUUUCAAUAAAUAAUAUUUUAUAAAUGUACAGUUUCCUCCUUAUAGUUUAGGAAAAUUUAUUGAUUUGCUAAGUUAACAGAAUUUAGCAACAAGGGAAAAAGUUAAUUCAUCUCUUACAUAAGAACUUAUGUAAAUGAAUAUCCAUA